GAGGUUUACAGUGCAUCCAAAUGGGGAAGAUCACAUUUUUUGAGGAGAAGAAAUUCCAGGGUCGCUGCUACAACUGCAGCAGCGACUGUGCCGACCUGCACACAUACUUCAGCCGCUGCAACUCCAUCCGGGUGGAGAGCGGCGUGUGGGUGAUCUAUGAGAGGCCCAACUACAAGGGCUUCCAGUACAUCCUCAGCCCCGGGGAGUACGCCGACAGCCAGCAGUGGAUGGCCUUCAGCGAAAAUGUGAAAUCCUGCCGUGCCAUAAAGAAUGCUUACGGCAGUGCGUGGAAGCUGAGGCUGUACGAGAGGCCAGACUUCGGAGGGCAGAUGGUGGAGUGCGCCGAUGACUGUCCUUCAGUGUACGACACCUACAAGCUGCGCGAGGCUUACUCCUGCGUGGUGAGCGACGGCGCCUGGGUGUUCUACGACCUCCCCAACUACAGGGGCCACCAGUACCUCCUGGAGAGAGGCGAGUACCGGCAGCACGGCGACUGGGGGGCGGCCUCGCCCGGUGUCGGCUCCUUCCGCAGGAUCACAGAGUUUUAGCUGAAAGUUAUUCAAGACCUUUCCAGAUGCCCACUCUCACACAGCAACAUCAAUAAAUGAGAAGCAAACUCUGA